UUUUUUUUAUUUAUUAUUAUUAUUAUUAUUGGUGCAAUUGAAUCUUGAAGGUGAGCAGGGCUUCUGAGAGGCAAAGAUGAGAAGGAAGAGCAUCUCUAGGUAUGGGGGAAAGCCAGUGCAGAGGUACAGAUAAAAGAUCAUUUCUGUACCUUUGUGUAAAGGGACUGUGGAAUAAGGGGGAGGGGGCAGGAUAUAGAAGAAUGCAAGGAGAAGGGACUAAGGUGUAAAAAGCUUUAAAUGGCAAAGAAAUUUGUAUCUGACACUAGAGGUAGAGGGAGCCAGAGCUUAUCCAGCAGGGAGGUGACAGACAGAAUCAGGCAUGUAUUUGGUGCUUUAGGAAAAUCAGUUUGGCAGCCUUGAGUGGAGAAGGAUGGAUUGGAGUGGGGAGAGGCUUGAGGCAGAGUGAAUAACUAGAAGUCUAUUGACAUUUGAGGCUGAAGAUGCUGAGCGGCCCAUACCAGGGUUGUGACUGUGCAUGGGAAGAAAGGGACAAAUCUGAAAGAUGUUGUGGAGGCAGAAACCAGAAUUGACAACUGAUUGCAUAUGUGGGGUGAGUUCAAGGGAUCAGUUGAAGACGACACUGAGGUUUCAAGCCUGAGCAACAGGAAGGAUGAUAGUGCCUUUGACAAUAAAAGGGAAGUUGAGAAGAGGGGGGUAGAUUUGGGGAAAAAGAGAAUGAGUUCAGUUUUGGACUUGUUAAGUUCUAGAUGCCUUGGGAGUAUCCGAUUUGAAAUAUCUAAUGGGCAGUUGUUGUGUGGUACUGGAGGUGUAGAGAGAGACUAGAUCUGGGAAUCAUCUUUCUAGAAAUAAUGCUUUUGACCAUGGGGGCUAAUGAGGUCACCAAAUGAGAGAGUGUGGACAGAGAAGAGGGCUGAGGGCAGCCUUUGGCAGUACCCACAGCUAGGGGGUGCAACACGGAUGAAGAUACAGAUAAGAAGACUGAGGAGCGGCCAGAAAAAUAACAGGAGAAUCAGGGCAGAAUGUGUCACAAAACUCAAAUGCGGAGGGAGUAGCCAGUAGGAGAGGGCAAUCAGAGAAGUAAAGAAGGGUGAAGAUAGAUAAGAACCUAUAUUAGAUGGGGGCAGUUGAGGUCAUUGGGCAGUUUCAGUUGAGUGAUGAAGUUAAGAAGCCAGAUUGCAGAAGGUUUAGAAAUGAGUCUGGAGAGAGGAAGUGGAAGAACUGAAUGUUCUUCAAGGAGUUUAGAUGAGAAAAGAUAUAAGAUGGCAGUUAUAAGGGAUAGUAGAAAAUGAGUGAUAUGUUGUGUGUGUGUGUGUGUGCGUGUGUGUGUGUUUUAAAGGAUGGGGAGACAUGGACUUGUUUGUGGUCAGCAGUGAAAGAACCAGUAAAAGAUGGAAGAUAAGAGAGAGCUGAUUCUUGAAGGGGCCACUAUGCAGGAAAAGACAGGAUGGGAUAGGGGAUCAGUGUACCUAGAGGGUGGUGGGCUCGGCAAUGACAAAGGCCAUCUCUUCAUCAGAGACAUAGUGGUGAAUGAUGUCAGGGGAUUGUGAGAUGAGGAGGGAAGAGGGAACUCAUGGUAAAUGACCUCAGUUUUCUUGGUAAAGCAGGAGGCGAGGUCCUUGGCUGAGGGGUGCCCAUAGGAGGCUUAAGGGGAGAUAAGCAGGUUUUAAACAGUUGUCAUGAGUGGGAGAGUGGAUAAAUGAAGAAGUAAAAGGAUGGUCUUGUUGCAGUUUGGGUGGAGAUGAGAUGCCAUCAAUUUUUAGUGGAUUCUGUCAGCACAGUUGCACGACUUCCUCCAGCCCAGGUCUGGAAGCUUGUGAGCAGGAGGCAGAGAAGUGGAGGAAAUGGUUGGUGAGACUAGGCUAGAGUUGGGGUUUAGCAAGGUGAGAUGGUUGAUAGGACAAAGGAGUGAGGGAGCCAAGGGAAGAGGAUAGUUCAGUGUUGACCUUGUUCACCGAGAGAUGAAGAUCAGGAAGGGAAGAGAGUGUAGCCUGAGCAGAGGUGGGCUGGAGGCGUUGGAGAGAUGGGGAGAACAAACACUGGAGCUAGGGAGGAGGAAGGUACAGGGAGAGAUGGAGUGAUCAGGCUUAGGAGUUCUGUAGCUCUUGAUCUUUUCUCUGAUGUCCUUUAAUUCUAGUACCUUCCCUACUGAUCAUUUCCAAUUUAUCCUCUCUGAGGCUUGUUUGGAGAGGACUGUCCUCAUUAGAUCGUGAGCUUCUCAAGAUCGGGGACUGUCUUUUGCAUUUCUUUGUAUCCCCAGAGCUUAGCCCAGUGACUGGCCCAUACAAGUGGAACCAUGGUGGUGGAUGGUAAGAUCAAGGGGAUGGUCCUCCUCAGGAGUGAAGGUGGAGAGGAGGAGCUGAAGUCCCCUACCAAAAGGGCUGGAACUGGGGUGGAGAGGGAGGUUGUGAGUCACGCCCUGAGUCCAUGGAAAAGGAGGAGAAAUAACCUGGGAUAUUCGGAGGCCAAAGUCAGCAGCUCUACUUCGAAGCUAAUAAUAAAUAACUGGCAUUUCUGUAGUACUUUGUAGGCUGCAGUGAGCUUUGCAUCCAUGAUCUUGUUUUAUCCUCCCAAACAACCUCGUGACGUAGGUGCUAUUACCACCCCCAUUUCACAUGUGAGAAAACUGAGGCAGACAGGGUCAAGUGGAGUACACAUAUCACUACUUCACAGAUAAAGAAACCAAGAUUGAGAAGAGUGAAGUGCCAUGCCUGUGGUACACAGAAAGUGAAGGAGUCACACAUGCUAAUAAGGAAAGGUCCCUUCCUGAAGAAGAGCAGGCUAUCCCCCAGCCCUUGAAGAGCUGUGAAAUCCUUAAAUCCCAGCUGAAGUAGAUUUCCAUGAGGAUAACUCCCAAGGACCUGGAUGGGCUCCUCUUAGCCUCCAAACCUGGAGCCAGUGCUUGCUUCCCGCUCCUUUGUGCCCGGAGUGGUUGGGGUGCCUGGGAGCCAUGAAGGUUGUCCCUGAGAAGAACGCUGUCCGGAUCCUCUGGGGUCGAGAAAGAGGCACACGGGCCUUAGGGGCUCAGCGGCUUCUGCAGGAGCUGGUGGAGGAUAAAACUCGGUGGAUGAAAUGGGAAGGAAAGAAAGUUGAACUUCCCGACAGUCCCCGGUCUACCUUCUUGCUGGCCUUCAGCCCAGACAGGACUCUUAUGGCCUCCACCCAUGUGAACCACAACAUCUACAUUACAGAGGUGAAGACUGGCAAGUGUGUUCAUUCUCUGGUUGGGCAUCGUCGUACACCGUGGUGUGUGACUUUUCACCCCACCAUCCCAGGCCUCAUCGCUUCUGGCUGUCUUGAUGGCGAGGUUAGGAUUUGGGAUUUACAUGGUGGCAGUGAAAGCUGGUUCACAGACAGCAACAAUGCCAUCGCCUCCUUGGCUUUCCACCCCACGGCUCAGCUCCUGCUGAUUGCCACGGCCCACGAGAUCCACUUCUGGGACUGGAGCCGGCGGGAGCCUUUCGCGGUGGUGAAGACAGCUAGCGAGAUGGAGAGGGUCCGGUUGGUGAGGUUUGACCCCCUUGGACACUACUUACUCACAGCAAUUGUUAACCCCUCCAAUCAACAGAGUGAUGAUGAGCCAGAGAUCCCUGUGGAUGGCACGGAGCUGUCGCAUUUCCGCCAACGUGCUCUCCUGCAGUCCCAGCCUGUCCGCCGGACGCCUCUUCUGCACAACUUCUUGCACAUGCUGUCCUCCCGCUCCUCGGGCAUCCAGGUGGGAGAGCACAGCACAGUCCAAGAUUCUGCCACCCCCUCACCCCCGCCUCCUCCACCGCCUCCCCCUCCGUCCAGCACGGAGAGCACCAGAACGUCUGCUUACGCCAGGCUCCACGAGCGGGGCGGCCACCCCCCAGCCGAGCGCUGCCAGCCCCUGGGCCUGCUGUGCCUUUGCAGCCGCUGCUCUCGUGCUCGGAUUCCUUCUUCCCUCUUCCCACACCAGGACAGUGCCCCCUCUACUUCUGCUGGGGCUGCUACCGCUUCCUUUUCUUCUGUACAGACCGAGCCCUACCACGCCCCGGAGCAGGCUUCGUCAGCACAGCAGGACCAGGGCCUACUGAACCGCCCGUCUGCCUUCAGCACAGUGCAGAGCGGCACCGCGGGGAACACGCUCCGCAACCUCAGCCUGGGGCCCACACGGCGCUCUCUGGGCGGCCCUCUCUCCAGCCACCCUUCCAGGUACCACCAGGCCGGCCGGGAAAUCGCCUCUGGGCUCGGAGCUGCUGACUGGACCCGGACGGUGCUAAGCAUGGACUCCCGUGCUGAGGCGGACGCUCUGCCGCCCCCAAGGACCAGCGCCUCUUCUGUGAGCUUACUGUCGGUCCUCAGGCAGCAGGAAGGCGCCUCCCAGGCAUCGGUGUACACCUCCGCCACUGAGGGGAGGGGCUUCUCAGUGUCAGGGCUGGCUGCUGAGGCCGACACAGGGAACAGCUCGGGCCAGAGUAAUAACUCGGGCAGUAUUCGAAACGAGCUGCAGUGUGACCUCAGGCGCUUCUUCUUGGAGUAUGACCGGCUCCAAGAGCUAGACCCAGGCCUGGGGGCAGAGCCCACUCCCACCCAGCAGGCCCAGGAGAUGCUCAAUAAUAAUAUUGAGCCUGAGAGGCCGGGUCCUUCCCACCAGCCCACCCCUCACAGCAGCGAGAACAAUGCCAACCUCUCCCGAGGCCACCUGAACCGCUGCCGUGCCUGCCAUAACCUCCUGACCUUCAACAAUGACACCCUGCGCUGGGAAAGAACCACAUCCAACUACCCACCUGGGGAGAGCACUUCCUCCUGGCAGGUCCCCAGCGCCUUGGAGGGCCUGCCUGCGGGCGGCAGCCAGCUGCCCCCUGCCGAUGGCACUGAGGGCGGCGGGCGAGGCCCAGGCUCCAGCAGGCUGGAGCUGAGCACAUCCACCAGCACACAGGACCAGAGGACUGUGGGAGUGGCCUUCAACCAGGAGACAGGCCACUGGGAACGAGUUUACAGCCAGGCGGCGGCCAGCAGACCUGGGAAUGUAUCACAGGAGGCCUUAAACCAGGAAAUGCCUGAGGAAAGUGCAGAGGAAGAUUCACUCAGGAGGAGGCUGCUGGAGUCUUCCCUCAUUUCAUUAUCCCGCUAUGAUGGAGCAGGAUCCCGGGAACACCCCAUUUAUCCAGACCCUGCGAGGUUAUCUCCUGCUGCAUACUACGCCCAGAGGAUGAUCCAAUAUCUUUCUCGAAGAGACAGUAUUCGCCAGCGCUCCAUGCGCUACCAACAGAACCGUCUCCGUUCUUCCACUUCCUCUUCUUCCUCAGACAACCAAGGCCCAUCAGUAGAGGGAAACGACUUGGAGUUUGAGGACUUUGAGGACAACGGAGACAGAUCCAGGCACCGAGCUCCACGUAAUGCAAGGAUGUCGGCCCCUUCGCUUGGACGCUUUGUCCCCAGGCGUUUCUUGCUGCCGGAGUACUUGCCUUAUGCUGGGAUUUUCCAUGAACGAGGACAGCCUGGGUUGGCCACUCAUUCCUCUGUUAAUAGAGUUCUGGCAGGGGCAGUAAUUGGUGAUGGACAGUCUGCGGUGGCCAGUAACAUUGCCAACACCACCUACCGACUCCAGUGGUGGGACUUUACCAAGUUUGACCUGCCUGAAAUCAGCAAUGCCUCUGUGAAUGUGUUGGUGCAGAACUGCAAGAUCUACAACGAUGCCAGCUGUGACGUGUCAGCAGAUGGGCAGCUCCUAGCAGCCUUCAUCCCCAGCAGCCAGCGAGGUUUUCCUGAUGAGGGCAUCCUGGCAGUAUACUCCUUGGCACCUCACAAUCUGGGCGAGAUGUUGUACACCAAGCGAUUUGGCCCCAAUGCCAUUUCUGUGAGCCUGUCCCCUAUGGGGCGGUACGUGAUGGUUGGACUGGCUUCCCGCAGGAUCCUGCUACAUCCUUCCACAGAGCACAUGGUGGCUCAGGUCUUCAGACUACAGCAGCCGCAUGGUGGAGAGACCUCCAUGAGGAGAGUUUUCAACGUUCUUUACCCCAUGCCUGCCGACCAGCGGAGACACGUCAGCAUCAACUCUGCCCGCUGGCUGCCUGAGCCAGGGCUUGGCUUGGCUUAUGGCACCAACAAAGGAGACCUGGUGAUCUGCCGACCAGAGGCCUUAAACUCUGGUGUUGAGUACUACUGGGACCAGUUGAAUGAGACAGUCUUCACCGUCCAUUCCAACAGCAGGAGCAGUGAGAGGCCUGGAAGCAGCAGAGCCACAUGGAGGACAGACAGGGACAUGGGCUUAAUGAAUGCCAUUGGCCUCCAGCCCCGGCACCCGACCACUUCAGUGACAUCUCAGGGCACCCAAACUUUGGCACCUCAGCUGCAAAAUGCCGAAACACAGACGGAGAGGGAGGUACAGGAGCUGGGGGCGGCAGCCUCAGGGUCUGGCGAAGGUGAGGGUCCAGAGUAUGGGCCAGGAGGGGAAGAUGCGCUCACCAGGAUCCAAAGGCUGAUGGCUGAGGGUGGGAUGACGGCGGUGGUGCAGCGGGAGCAGAGCACCACCAUGGCCUCCAUGGGUGGAUUUGGUAACAAUAUCAUCGUCAGCCAUCGCAUCCACAGAAGCUCCCAAACAGGCGCAGAACCGGGGCCUUCGGACAGCAUGAGCCCCCAGCCCUCCACCUCCCGGGGGCUGGCCCCGGAGCCUGAGAGCCACGGCCUCCCAGAGCUAGAGCCGCUAGCAGAGCGAGGCCUUGGCCACCGGACAGCCACCAGAGACGAGCCCGGCACUGCCAGGCCCGCCUCCCCAAGCACUGUGGGACCAGCCUCAUACAGUGACCUAACCAACAACAACCAUCUUUCUGACAGCACUGGGUGCCCUAGCGGAGAGCCGAGGGAUAGGUAGAAACAGCUGUGCCCAUUGGUGCCACCCCUCUUACUCCUGAGCAGAGACUGUGCCCAUGGAGAAGCCACAUGGGAGCAGGGGGGCUGCAGGGGAGGGAGGAGAGGGGAAACGGGCCAGAUUGCCCACGUUAAGCCUCGAGUCCCAGGAGAGAGAGAGAGAGAGAGAGACACACACAUACACACACACACACACACACACACACACACACACACACAGCCUCCCCUGUUCUCUGGUCACUUGGUACUACCCUCUGUGCACCAAGGCCCACUAUGGGCAGUGGGCCCUCUGGGAAGAUGGGAUUGGGUUUCUCCCACCAGAGUCCUCCUCUCUCACGGGGCAAGGGGUAGGGAGAGGCCUACAGGCCACGAGGACUAAUGUCUUCCAACUCUGGGGAAAGCCUGAGGGGAAGACGGCUGCAUUCCCACUGGGAAGGAGGAGCAUUGCUGGGCCUCUUCAGAGCGAUCCCUUGGCUGCAAGCCAGGGCCCCCAGGCUGAGCUCUGGCAAUAACUGGUGGGGGGACAACUAUGGUUAUGGGGUCAGUUCACUACUUACUGAGGAUUUUUUUCCCAGGGAAAGGGAAGCGAUAGAGGUUAGUGGGCAGGAGCUCACUCAGGGAGCUUGGGAAAAGGAGGACUGGGGGCAGGACAGCCUACCUCUGGGUUGGUUCACCAAGAUCCUUCCCCGGCGCCCAGCGGAGCAGUGGCCUCGUGCGUCAGUAUUAUGACCCUGGGCAUCUGCCGGCCUCCGGGUCAGAGGGGGUGGGAUCAGUCUGUCAUGUCAGGUGUUGCAUGUGAAAUCUUGAACUGUACAUGUAGUUUCUAGUGGAGAAAUCAAGGCUCUGAUGAUUUUGUUUUUAGUAUAAAGAAAUGUGAUUUUCUUUCUGUUUGUAACUCAUCAUAGAGACGUUUUGGUGGGAGGAGAGGGGGAGAGUUGGACUGCUAACCAGGGAAACACCAAAGAUUAACGUCAUUAAAAUGAUGGCUGCCCUUCUG